CGAAGGCCAUUUGUUAGUUCGUGUCAUGGAGUGAAGCUUGGGUUUCCACGUUAAGCGUAUAACUAGUUUAGUAGUCAUUGAAGAGAAUGACCGAAGUUUGGCUUUCCAUUUUGCGUUCCUUCAAACUAAACAUAAAACAUUGCAUGUUAAUUGCUAACGGUAUUCUUUCCUUUCCACAAAACUAAUGGCAUUAAGAGGAGUAGCUGCUAUUUCUGCAUUAGCCAAAAGAACCCAAUACAACCCAUCUCUCCUCUCAAUUUCUCACUCUCUCACACCCAAAACCCAUCUCCAUCCUCUGAAACUCACCCCGAUUUCUGUAUUCCAACCAGGACCCAAUUGGGGAAUUUGGGCAGGGAGUGAGGUAGCUUCAAACCCUUUAAGUUCCAAGAAAGAAGAUGAAGAAUCUUCCUCACCAGAGAAUUGGAGGAUCAAAAUGCUCUAUGAUGGAGAUUGCCCGCUUUGCAUGAGGGAGGUGAACAUGCUUAGGGAGAGGAAUAAAAGUUAUGGCACCAUCAAAUUUGUUGAUAUUUGUUCAGAGGAUUACUCUCCAGAGGAGAAUCAGGGACUUGACUUUGAAACUGCUAUGGGAAAGAUUCAUGCAAUUCUAUCUGAUGGAACUGUAGUUACAGAUGUUGAAGCAUUUAGAAAACUAUAUGAAGAAGUUGGGCUUGGAUGGGUUUAUGCCAUAACCAAAUAUGAACCUAUAGGGAAGAUUGCUGAUGCUGUAUAUGGCGUUUGGGCUAUAUAUCGUCUACCGAUUACAGGUCGACCGCCUCUAGAACAGAUAAUGGAAGCACGGCGAAAGAACAAGGGUGAAGUAUGUAAAGACAACAAUUCUUGUAAGAUGUGAGCUCAUACCAUACAAAAAGCCAUUUUGAGCACCUGUGGCUUGUUGGUUUCCAUAGACUGGCCCCGUAGCCUGUGUCUCCUUCUAUUUGUUGGUCUAGAUAGGCUGAUGGCACCAUUGGACCGAUCAUUUUUAAGGGCCAAAGUCCCACCAUGGCUUUAAUUAGCUUUUGUCAACAGAAACAACCAAAUGAGAAAUAUAUAUAUAUAUAUAUGCAUUAUGUAUAUAAUGUAGUAAUUGUUAAAUGUUUUUGGUUCGAAAGUGUUAAUUUACAAAGUAAUUAUUAACAAUUGACUUCUUGCAAAACACUCAAAAGUGUUGUCUACUUUAAUUUAUAUAGUGCAUUUAUUGAUA